AUGUCUAUACGCAAUUUGUUUCCAAUGCUCUCCAAAUAUACAGCUUGUGACAUUUCUGAUGCUCUUUUAAAACUAUCUCAUCCACACGGUGGCUUCCUCCCCGAUCUCACGAUGUUUUCACCAUCUUCCCAUACUUCAUCCCGUAUACUUGGGCCAGCAUAUACAGUAAAACUUGUACCGAGUUCAGAUGUGUCACCAAAGCUAGGUGAGCAUUUUACCGAUACUAUUCCGGAAGGAAGUGUCGUUUUUGUUUCUGCGCCUGCAGGAGGAAUUAAUGCCGUAUGGGGAGGGCUUUUGAAUACGAGAGCCAAGUUGAGAGGAGCGAAAGGAGUAGUCGUUGAUGGGAGAGUGAGAGAUCUGGAUGAAUUGAGGAGCGAAGACGUAAUGGUGAAUCAUUUUCGUCUGCCUUUGACCGUUCUGCGAUUUGUUAAUAUAUAUAAAAAGGUGUUUGCUCGCGGUUCUUCUACAUUGUCAGCCAAGCCAUUCGCACGUCCGUCCGAGAUAAACGUUCCGGUUACGUUGAAUGGGAAUUAUGAUCCACCUAUUGUUAUCAAGCCGGGAGAUGUCAUUGUUGGGGAUGUCAACGGUGUUGUGUGUGUUCCCGCUGAAUUAGUGGACCAGGUUGUUGAGUUAUGUGAGAAGCUUGCUCCGGUGGACGAGAAAGUAAAGGCGGCAUUACUUGAAGGGAUGAGUAUUACGGAAGCGUUCAAAAAAUUUAGAGGAUGA